UUGAAAGAAAAUACUAAUUUAAAGGGUUGCAAACCUGAUUGCAAUGUUAUUAGCUAUUUGAAUUCUAGCUAUUCUAACAGUUAAUAGAAACUAAGGAGGCUGCGAUUAUAUGCAUAGUGACUGUAGUCGCGUUUGUUGCGCUCGUAAAAAUUUCUAAUUGACUUCUAGACAGUUAAUUAUUAUUUGACAAUAAGAUAACUCGAAGAAGUAUAGAAUAAGAUGUCCCAGCUACUUGAUUUGAUAUCGCGUGACCGUGGAGGUAAACUAGCUCUUUGUUGGCACGCUGCAACAAUAAAUGAAAAAUUAUUUAAAAAUUUCUACGGCUCUGCCCAUGUACAAAAGAUAAACAUCACAGAAAUAUGCGACGAGAUAUUGAAGGAAAUAAAAAACAAACCUCCAACAUUGAACUUGCGAAUGGUGUCGCAGUUGAUGUACGGUGUAAUAAAAAUUUACAAAUAUCAAAUUAUGAAAUAUGAGAAAGAUAUUUUUGAACUUCGGAAAAUACUCUACCCAAGAAAAGAAACCGAUGCGGUUCCAAUUCCCGACAUAAUAGACGUGCAUUUACCAGAUGAAAGCUAUCUUAUUGCCGAACUGGGUAAUAAAAAAGACUUGCACCUUCUUCCAGAGGAAGAUUUUAAGUUGAGAGAGAAAACGUUUAUGGAAAUCAUAAAUUUUGGUGAAUUAACUAAUAAGGAGAUGGAGGGAUUUGAUAGGGAAGAAUGGAUAUUUGAAGCAAUGCGGAUCAGAGAUUCUGACAGGAGAAACGAUGGCAAAACAUGGCAAGAUGAUACAUGGCAUACAGAGAUAAAUGACACAGAAAUCGCAGAAGAAGUUCAUCGAGAGAGACAUAUGUCACAGGAAAUUGGCUCUCCCUUUCGCACAGUUUCGCUUGUGAACGCAGAGGAGAGAAGAGAAAGAUUGCUUUUAACUCCACAAAAACGACCGUCGCAUCAUGCACGGGUGGAGACACCUAAAAAAAUAAGACGUUUAUCCCUUGGAACUGCCAUAGCAACAGAUAUUGUUCCUCUGGAGAAUGUAACAGCACCUGAAUUAACUAUAAGUGAAGCUCCAGUUUUACCAUUGCCUGCGGAAGAAAUAGAAGUACCAGAGAACAUGGAACUCGAAAGCUUGGAAAACGAAGAAGACGACCACAGAAUCAGAAGACGAAGAUCAAAGAAGUUUAUCAUCGAUAAAAGAAUGAUUUUGAAAAGCGAUGUACUUAGAAAGUGGCAACAGAAUACAAAGAUUUAUUGUGUGGAUAUACGCUAUAUGAUACAGAAGCCAAAUCAGAUCAGAUCAAAUGUGAAGGAUCUAUUCGAACAACCUGCAAGACGAUGGGGUGCCAGUUUAAAACAACUUUUCGAUAAUCAUAUAACUGGACCUUUUAUGAGGGAAACCGAGGAUUUUACACUUGAAGCUGUACAAGAAGGACCCGAGCAAAUGAUUAUGACUUCUUUUAUGCAAAGAUCAAAAAGUGUGCUUGAGCAGUCCUCAAUUGUCGCUGACAAGUCUACUCACAACACCUUAAACAUUCAACCAACGACGAUGAAUGAUAUAAUUCAAGAAGCUGAAGAGGCACCAAUGAUACCAUUAGCAGAAUCGAUUCCGCAUAUAACUAUUUUAGAAGACAAUAUCAACAUUGAACUUCAUCAGCAUCAAGAAAAAACGGACGCAAGUCGCGAAACUGUCCUACUGAAUACAGAAACAGUGACAACAGAAACACAAUGUCUGACAACAGAAGACCGCAUUUUGGAAUCUUCUAUCCCUUCACAACAUGUACAAUUAACAUUGGACGAGAUUUUGGCCAUAGUGGAGAAGAAAACGCAAAAGACAGAAAUCAUCAAAUUCGAACAGCUCAUACCAACCAAGAAGUAUUCAAAACAAGAAGCCGCUAAUGCUUUCUACUUACUUCUGGUGGCCCAUGCGCAAGGAAAGAUUGUUCUACAACAGGAGACUUGUUUUCGCCCUCUGUGGAUUCGCAAAUGUCUGGUAUACUCUGAUUCCAACUAAAGAUUAAAAAAUUAUAUUGUAUUAAUUAAUUGUUAAUACAAAUAUUAAUAUUAAUUAUUUAUGCUUUCGGCAUUGCAGCUUUGUAUUAAGAUUAUUCUUAAUAGUAGGUCUUUUUAUGUUCAAUGUUUAAUGGAAAUAUGUUAAGUUUUAUAUCGAUUUUCUUUUU